AUUCAGUCAUUCAAGUUGUUAAUGAUAUAUACAAUUACUUUAUAAAAAGUUUACUAGUCAGAAGUUUCAUUAUGUGCUCUAUUUAAUCUCUGGGACAACUACAUGUAUUAAAGAUUCCUUUUUUCUCAUGAAUAAUUAACAUCUAUUGUCUUUAUAAAUACAUGACUACACAACUAAACAUCUUAUAUAUUUAGUGAAAUCCCAUAUUUCACAAUAACCCCCAAAAAAACUAAACAUAAAAAAGUGAGGUGUCCCAGUUUUGUUUGAUUAGUACAAAAUGAUGACUAUUUACUUGCCAUAUAGACCUAUGAGAGUGAUUGGUUGUGAACAUUGUAGCCUUACCAACAACAAACAUAUAUAUACAUAUUGUAACAAAUCCUGUGAUAUAGCCGUAGCUAUUGUAGCUGUUUUUACAUCAACAGUUUAUGGAAAAGGUUAUGGUUUCCCGCCACCAGCCAUCGAUCCUCUACCAUUAAAGGAUAUCGAAUGGGACGAUCCACCAUCUGAUCCCCAAGGUCCACAGAAUCCAGGAUUUCCACCAUCUUUACCUCAAUUUCCAGAUCCGCCAAGCUUGCCUCAAGAUCCCGCCUGGGUGGGACAACCAAAUACUAAUCCAUUUCCCGUUGAACCUCAAGAUCCUUCAUGGGCGAAUCCAGGCAGAGGCAAAGGACCAGGUAGACGACAAAGAAAACCAAAACGACCACGAAAACCAAAAAGGAAGAAUGGUAACAAAUGUCAGAGGUUAGCGAAUAGGGGCAGCUGUAGAUAUUAUAAAUGUUUUGAGAAGAUUGAGCCAACGUGUUUAAACCAGGGAGAAUUCUUUAUCCAGGAUUUAGAAAGUUUCUGCCAAAAUUCUCAAAUCGCGCUCAGAGGAAAACAAUUUUCAAAACAGGGAAGAAAAUACAUCAAGAAGGUACGAAAAUGUCAAACAAAACAAUUAUUAGGUUUUGAAAAAAGUCAAAGCUGUGAAUCUAUCAAUGAUAAGGCUUUAGUAGCAUUAUUUGGUGGAGACGCUGUCAGAAUUAGUUCUCAAGAUUGUUACUGGCAGAGUCAACAAUUCUGUGAUAUCAUCUGUAAUCCAAAAGAUAAUCAAGCCUUAGUUCAAGUUGUGUUCAAUGAUGAUGAUGGAGAUGGUUUCGAUGAUGAACAGAUUGCACUCGCUGAACAUUUCCAAAACCUUUCUAACUUCUGUUCAGAAUUUGCACAAGGCGUUUUCCAAGAGAAUUUCAUCAAUCAAUGCCCACCAGGCACAUUAAAUGACCCACCACAAGCCCCAACACCAGUGCCAGCAAUGAUGAUGAGAGGGGGCGCAGGCGAUUAA